GAACCGCCUCGGAUAUUUUUACUUUGCAGCCUACAUGGAUAGGCGACGAAUAUGACUGGGGAGUUGGGAUUACAUGUAGUAGUUUGACGGCAAGCAUUCCGUUGCCUUCACUUGUAGUUGAGCUGCUUUGUGCUAUUCUUUCACAAACCGCCAAGGAAGACAACUGGUGUGAACUGCUAGCUAUUAGUAGCUCUUCUUUGCGCGGCAACAUCAUCAAGACUUAGUAAGCCUCUGCCUAGACUGUACUGACUGCGUCUGUGGUCACCGAUCAACUAACUAUUACUUUCCCAGGCCUGGGCUUUCCCGCGUCCCGGCCUCAAACUAGUCAAAACUACCGAGCGCUCCAGUGCAGUACAAGCGAGCACAGGAAAUUAUAUGGUUUCCGAGCGGACGUAUCUACCGAGCCCCGGGGCCCCGUGCCAACUAUAUCAGUACUCCUGGCUAUUUAGCCUGUAGCGCAUGCAGAGUUAGACGGGCACAGACUCAGAUCUCCAACGCCCAACGGCCCAACUGCCACAGCGCCAACAGCUUCUGGAACGUCCUUUAUUUCAAACGUUUCUGAAAUCUGCUAUUUGUCAGUAGUUGUGUGUAGCCACCAUUCGUCCGCGUGUAGUUUUGUGGGCGUGAGCGACCGGUCGACCAUUCCGCUUUCGGCACCGCCCUGGAUCGAGAGGAAUGAGUCGCGGGGCGGCCAAGAAAGUCCUGAGAAGGACAUGGCGGACUCGCGGCAUUCGCCUGAACGCUGAUACGCCGCUGAAUGAUGUAGAGAUCACCAAUGUGGUGCUGGGGUCCGGGUCGUUUGGAGCGGAAGACGUACGCGUGGCCCGAUGGUGCGGGGCCAAGGUAGCGGCCAAGACGCUCCAGCGGACCACGGAAGAGGGACGGAGAGGCUCGAGUUCGGCCGAAGAAUCAACGCUGGACUUGCGCUCGUUCUCGACGCACCAGCGACGCGUGCUGCAGGAGUGCCAUCUGAUGGGACAGCUCCGUCACCCGAACAUCGCCCAGGUCUAUGGGGUGUUCAUCCGACCAGAUGGUAAUCCGGUGAUUAUCAGCGAACUGCUCGGCGAGAGCAUGCAGCAGCGACUGGCGUUCGGCACGCGCCUGACGUACCGUGACGUGGUGGACGUGGCGCUAGAUGUUCUGCAGGCCAUGCGCUACCUACACACGCUGGCACACCCUCUACUGCACGGCAGCAUCUGCACGAGCAACGUCCUGUUCUCGCUCGGCGGCAGCGUGAAGCUCACGGACAGCAACCUGGCGCUGGCACGCCUGCACUCGGCCAGUCACUCGCACAUGGAGACGAUGCCGGAGCAGCACGUGCUGACCUCCACACCCACCUCUGCUCUGUCCCUAGGCAGUGGCAUGGACGGCGGUGGCGGUGGUGCUACGGCGGAUGGUGUGGCGCCGCGCAGCGCCAGCGCCCGGCUCUACCUGCCGCUGGAUGCGCUGGACCACGACUGCUACGACCUGGGCAUUGACACGUACAGCUUUGGCGUGCUAAUCAUGGCCAUGGUGCUGCACAGGGAACCCAACGUGGACGAAGUCACCAGGCCGAGCGGUGGCGGCGGGGAUCGCCAGCGCAAGCUGUCCAACGUCAACGUGGAGCGCUCUCGCCGCGCCACCGAUCUCAAGGCGCUGUCGGCAGCGUCGCCGCAGUUCAUGGACCUGGUGGACCGGUGCAUGGACGCCAUGACACUGGACCCGGCUGAUAAAACCGACGCUGCAAGUGCAGGUGCAGGCUCUGGUGGUGGCGCUGGCAACAGCGAGGAAAGCCAGGACGUGGUGGACUGCGGCCUGGAGCGCGCCGUCUCCAGAGAGCUGUUCGGCCUGGUGGAGGCGCUGCGCAGGCGCGACGACUAUGUGCGCUGGCCGUCGACGCGGUGCUCGCCGUUUGCACGCGGCCUCCAGGAGCAGGCGGACCUGGCGCUGGCCGUGCGCGGCCUGGAGCGACAAGUCCAGGAGACGGUGGACGCCGCGACGGCCACGCUCGCCGACCAGGAGAAGCAGCUGGAGCGGCAGGUCGGCGAGCUGGCCAAUAUGCACCAGCAGGAGAGGCGACGGCACACGGCGCGUAUAAAACAGCUCGAGGCCAAGCUGAGCGCGUUUCAACGCGAGGCGGCCAGCAAUGGCAGCGGUGAACUGUCGAUCCACCGUGAAGGCAGCGAGUCCGGCGACAGUGGUGAUGUCCGCUCUCAGUCCGCCAUCUCCAGGAGUAUGUCGUCACCACCGCCGCCGCCAACACAGUCCAUACCACGCUCUGCGUCAAUGCAGCAGCAGCAACACAAGUUCUCCUUUCAGGCAAGUCCCAACUACAACCGUCGUCACUCGGAUGAUAGUGUGGCGACCAGGGACACCUUGUCCCCGCGGAACGACGACGGAUCGCAAGAAGAGACCGACUAUGAUGGGCCCGGUCACAUUUGUGAGGUGCACAUCCGGGUGCCGAGUGGCGGUUUGACUACUGUGCAGAUUGAUAACCGCGACACUAUCGGAGAAAUCGUCCAGGGCCUCUGUGAUGAGCAUGGAAUUGCUGACUUUGAAGAGUAUUCCCUGCUCCUGGAGGACGAGGAUGCUUUCUACGAGAAGGCAAAGAAGGAGUCUGAGAAAUCGCGGAAGACGUUCCGUGGCGAGAAGAAGCUGGAGAGUAUUCGACGUCGAUGGCGUGGCAAUGAUGUCUCCUGCUUGAACUGGCUUCAGCAUGACAAAACGCUACAGGAACAAGGCAUUGAUACGGCUUCGCAAGUUCUCACUCUGAAGAAGCACACGCUGACGCCGGGACCUGAAGUUCGCAUCGGCGCCGUUAGUGAGUUUGAUGCUGAGUACAAGGAGUGCAAAGCGGCGAUUCUUGAUAGCUCUUGCCCUUGCCCGGUGGAGGAAGCUUGUACUCUGGCUGCCCUGCAGUGUCAUGUCCAGUUUGGAGCAUUCGCGGAGUCCAACAAGACCAAGAUGAAAGCUAUCCAGGAGGAGAUCAAGGAUUUCCUACCCAGGGACUAUCAGAAGAACAAACAGGCGCUGCGGCGCGUACUCUCGAAAUACACCGAGAACAGCGUGUUGAUGUCGCAGGCAAUAGCGCAGAGUAGAUAUAUCGCAAUGUGCAAGAAUCUCCCGGCUUACGGCUCUACCGUGUUUGUUGUCAAGGCGGCUGUGAAGAACAAGAGCAAGCUCGCACCGUCAAUCUUGGCCAUAACGAAGGAGAAUGUCCUCAAGCUGGAUGAGAAGAACAAGGAGGUUCAGCACCUGUGGCCGAUUAAGAACGUCCGCCGGUGGGUCAGCACCACGGAGAUGGUUCAGAUUGACAUCGGCGAGACAGAGCCGGUUUCGUUCAUGACACACGACGGACAGGCCAUCGCCAAUCUCAUCUCCAUGUACAAGGGCAUUCGAACGCGAAAGUCGCAGAGCCGAGAAGCGAACUACGAUGGCGGCGAUCCAGUGUACGAAGAAGUUUCGCUCAAGCCGAUGCCAUCACAACCAGCGCCACCACCGACGCAGCAGCAGCAGCGACAUCACGUCAGUGUCACCCGCUCCGAGUCCACGUUCCUGCGACACUCGCCGCGCCUGAUACCGAAACGUGUCUCGGCCGAGGCCCCGGCGAGCGUGUCGCUGUCCACAAGCACUGGCCAAAACUCACCGCUGAUUGAUCCGCGCCCACGCCCGCCUGUCAAAUCACCUCCACCUACCUAUGAUAUUCUCGAACCCGGUGAGUACAGUGCCACGCCGCCCAGCUACGAAGCUAGCGAGUACCUUGAAGCCAGCGACGUUCUGAUCGCAAGGAACGGAGAGCAGCAACUAGUCAACACUGGUGGUGCGGUGGCCGCCAAUGAUGUUGUCAAUCAUUCUUCUGAGCACGUGGAGGCUGCGUCCGUUGCCGUCGGCAACGCCAAUGGUGGUGAUCCUAGCCAGACAGUGUGACGUGGAGGAAACCCGUCGUAUGUGAAGGAAACUGAGCCGAGCUGUGGAAAUUGAGUUGUUCACGUCUACCGUCGGCCUGACAUCCAUACAACAGCAAUCUCCAGUGUGGCAGUUGAGAGCGUUGAACAGCUUGUGUCCCGCGCUGUGUGUCUGAUGUAUAGUGGUGCUCGCGAUGCCGCAAUGAGGAUCAGGGCAGAGCAUGUUCGACGUCUUGACUAUCGAGUCAAUGCAUUGCAAGCCGCAACCGCGAAUAUCUACAGCGGACGGUGUACAGUGAUGGCAAGCGGGUCAAUGUCGCACGCCGGGGUGCGCACUGUGUCGUGUUCCUCUCAGUACCGGGGAGUAGCAGAAUACCGGUAUUUUACUACUCUCUGCUCAGUACACUUCAGUACACGUACUGUUCAUCGUUGUCAGUGGCGAUAACCAUGGCGAUGCCACACCCGCACGACAGGGACUUGAGAUUGACGCAUUGGUCUUGAAUUCACCUUUAUUCUAUCCUGUGUUCUGUAUAAAUUUGUAUGUUGGAGGGGAUGUAGUGGCGCUGACUGCGAUUCAUGUCAUGUAUCCCAAGCAUCACGUCCACUCCGCUGUGAAUCGCUGAGCUCCCCUUUGGCGCUUUGUUCAGUUUCUGUCGUUCUGAUCAUUAUUACGAUUGCAUGUGUCUCGUUUGCUUUCAGGCCUUCGCGCCGCGCGCAUGAUGUGUACUUAGGGUAUUUAGAGAGAUGUCCAGACCAGUUCAUGGUCUUGUCGACACUUGACAAGGAUAUCCAAUUACCCAUCGACGGGUACCCAUGCAGAACAGAGGCCAGUCUGUUGACAUGUCUUGGAUUUUCCAAUCAGCCAGACACACUGGUGAUUUUGCAGGCACCUGUUAGCCUCAAUAGUGUACAAUGGUAGAUGCGCCCAGCGAGCGGCUGUUCACGAUCACAGCUGCCAUUCCA